AUGUUUGCUCUUAGUACAGUUAACAUUGUUAUGAAAAACUUAUUGGCUCUGAUCCCUACCGGAUCAGUGAUACUACCUGUUAUAAAUAAAAUCCGAAACCUCGGAUUACUUAUUGGUACUAACGCAACAGCUCUUGCUCUGGGAGGACUUCUUGGCCGCGCACGUCAGUGCAUUGAAGGACAGAAAGCACUCCAGAUUGCUCAAGAUGCUGCUGCAACUGCCAGAAUGGACGCCGACGACGACCUUUUUUAUGCCACCGAAAUUAUCUCUCUCCUGAAGGAAGACUGGAUGGAGGCUCAGGACGAGAACCUUUUCCUCCUGGAUGAGAUCGACGACAUGAAUUUCAACGAAGCAGUUCUAAUACAGACGAAUGAAGACUUACUCGACCAGUUACAGGAAGAAAAAAACAACGUUGAAAAGCGAGAGAAAGAAUGUCAGGAGAACCGACAAAAAGUGGAAGAACUGAAGAGACAAGCUGAAGACAACGAUUUCUACUGUGGCUACCUUGAGGAAAAAGUAAAGGCCCACGAAGCAGAGAGAAAGAGACUGACCCAGGUGGCCACAGAACUCGAGCAGAGACUGCGAGUCUCACAGCGAGAACCAGCGUCUGUUCUCGCUAGAAAUCUGGAUCAAGUGAAAAAUCACGGUCGUGAUACGCAGGAGACUCAAGGUUUGCAGAAGGAGGCCCAUAUCAUGGAAGCCAGAGUUCAGUCGCUUCCGAAGAAGAACAAAGAUGAAAAGCCUAAGAAUGAUGCCUCGGCUGAAGAGAAAGCAAAAGGAAACACGUUCUACAAGCUUGGACGCCUGGAAGAAGCUUGUGAAUGUUUCCUCAGAUUACUGAAUGUGGCCGACGAACAAGCGGACAACAGGCUGAGACUGGGAUUGUGUCUCUUGUUGCUUGGCAGACACAGCGAAGCUAUAGUCCAGCUUGAAGGAUUAGAUGGUCGAAAAGAUUUGGUUGCAGCCGCCGAAGCUCUCCAAAGAAUGCAAUGUCACGGCUGCCCCUACUACAUCCUGGGAAUUGCAGAAACGGCUAAUUUGAAGGACAUAGAGUGGGCCUACAGGAAGCGGGCACUCAAGUUCAACCCUGAUAGGUGCCAAGGGUCUGAAGAAGAGCGACAACGCAAGAAGGAAAUCAUGCAGAAGGUCAAUUAUGCCAACGGUCUCCUGCAUGAUGCUGAGGAAAGACGAGAAUACGACGCUGUCAGGGAGUUCAUCAAGGAACAAGCAGCUAGAGUGUUUGAAGAUCCUCAGGAGGCCAUGAAAGUAAAGAGGAAGAGACCUGGAAGGAGAGCGAAGAGGAUGAACACUAAAGGACACUAG